AUGGUGGACAGGAAUCUUAUAGAAGUAUACUUGAAGUAUGCCUGGACUCUUGUUUCUCAAGUUACGACGUCAGAGAGGCAGUUUGAAUUGUUCAGAAAGAAAUAUGGCCAGCAUAUUGAACAUGCUAUAACUUUUUCACAAGUAACUACAAUAAAUCUCGUCAUCAGCUUAUACUAUUUACACAAGUACAAAGAAAACUACAUAAAUCGUUUGGAUAAAGAGGAUAUUUCAAUUGUUGCUUACUUAGUGAUCGUUUCUUUGAUUUUGUCCAACAAAGCUUUAGAUGAUCUGUGUUACACUUUAAAAACAUGGAUUGGUAUUUUAACGCAGCAGUCAGGUGUAGUUGAAGCAAUAACUUUAGAUCUCAAACUUUUAAAUCAGCUAGAGUCUCAUUUUUUGCAUGUUUUAGAUUACAAGUUGUCCUUUGCAUUGAUUGAUACCGAUGAUAAAUUCUGGAACAUAAUGAAAAUAUAUGCCGGAAGGAUUAGUGUUUCUGACCAGGUCUUCAUACAUUUGAAAAGCCAAGUCAGCAACUCUUGUUCAUUACCUGAGUGUUAUACUAUGGCUGGUGCGCUGGUAUCGGCAGUUUCAACAUUCUUGAAUGUUCCUAAAUUUAACUACUACUGCACACCGCUUUUGUCUUGUACAACCUCACCGGUAAUUCCUUCAUCCUCACAUUCGAUGCCAGCUUACUCGCCGUUAACCCCGGCAACUCCAUAUUCUAUGCAGUUUACUAAUCCUUUGAAGAAGAGAAAGCCCAAUAGACAUAGUGGUAGUUUCACGCACUCUACCUACAGCGGCUACACGAAUACCUUUUCUGGUCAAAGCUAUUUGUCAUACUGA